CAAGGAGCUGAGGACGAUCACGUGGCAUAGAUUUCGGGGAAAGGUAAAUCCGGAUUCUUGGCAGAUACCUCGGUCCAAUGCGUCAUCUACUAUUAGUGGUGCGACAAUCGCCCGCUGAGAGAAACUGCAUUCUAUUUCGUUCACGGCGUGCUUGCGGAAUGCGCACCCCAACUUUGCUCAUUUGAUUGCCUCGCGACUGUUGCCCCCUUCAAUGUCAACCUCUCUGCUUCAGUUCUGCUGACCUCUUUGUCACUGUCAUGGCUGGAAGCCUGAAGCGCAAACGGGCUGCUGUAUCCUACAAAGAGCCCAGUACCGACUCAGAGCUCUCAAGCGACCCAGCGCAGGAGGGCGGAUCUCGAAGGCGGAAGCGUGCCACCCCUACGCGGCGAUCUACCCGGCACCAGCAACAAGAACCAGCCGAAAUCCCUAGCUCACCGCGGCGUAAUACUUCGCGAGCAAAUGUCGGUGGCAAGAAUGAAGCAAACAACGGCAGGCUAAGGGAGAGGCGCACUGUGAUAUACAAGGAAACUAGCUCCGAUGACGAUGAUGUCGACGACGCAGAUUUUGAGGUAGAGGAAGCCCCUCCAGCAGAGGAGCGGCCACGGGCAAGGACUGGCCGUCCUCGACGCACCCAGCAAAGGUUAUCGGAGCGGGCACAUCUGCGCAAUAUUGGCGCUCCCCUAAAGCCGAGGACAUCUUUGAAGCCAGAAUCUCCUCCACUCCAAAUUGUCAGUGAUGGAAACAUACCAGCAUGGGUCUCCUUGCCCUACCAUGUCCUUCUCCAGAUAUUUGUCUACGCUUCACAUCCUCUCCGAGACGAAAACUUGUCUCCUUCGCCAUCUAUACAAUGGCUGGUGCAGAUGGCUCGAACGUGCUCCACCUUCACUAAGCCGGCACUCACUGCGCUGUACCGCAACCCUCCCAUCUUUGCGAUGAAGCAGAGCCGGAAGGCCCUUGUUCAACAUCUCAUUUCCCCUCCGUCCGCCGCACACGAGGAAUAUCCGGUCAUGGUGAAGCGGCUAGAGUUGGAUGGGACCAAGAUGCUCAAGUUGACGGAUCGCACACAGAGCGUCAACGACCUUGCCGCCCUGGUAAAAUCUCUGAAAACUCUGAAGGAGAUUGAUAUAUUCGACCCUAUCGACAGGCCACCGUAUCACCCUCGAUCUCGACGAAUUCUCCGUUGGUAUUACCCUGACGAACUCUUCGGGGCUCUGCGCACGAGCGAGCUCCGUUUGAGGAGCUGGCGUUGGCACAGCAACUUCUUCAACCGCGGACUCCUCGAAAUGAAGGAAUUCCACGAGGACAAUGUUUUCCAGAGUCUCCGAGAAGUCAUCUUCACCCGCUUUCAGCCCGACCCUGUUCGGACGAGUAACGAGGGGCAGCCGACGACGGAGGAGCUUCUGGGUUUAGCUCUCGCUGUGCUUCCCAAUCUCAACUCCUUAGCCUUUGAAAGCUGUACAAUCUUCAAUAACCAUCUUCUCCCUCUGCUGCCGAACAACCUAGUGAGUCUCUCUGCCACCAACUGCAGGUUCCUUACAUCAGAAGCACUAGAAGCCUUCCUGGUUAGCCGCGGAGGAAAGCUGGAACAAUUGAUCCUCGAUCAUAAUCAAGGCUUGGACCUCUCCUUUCUUGUCAAUCUGAAGCAGUCCUGUCCGCGACUUGAAGUGCUUCGGAUGGACCUGAAUUUUUACAAUACUUUUACCACAGUCCUGGAUUCCGCUCCUAUUUACAAGGAGCUGCUCAAGGAAGGCGAAAUCCCAAGCUGGCCAAGUACCCUUCGAACCAUUGAAAUGGAGUAUCUUCGUAAAUGGAACCUGGAUACAGCUACGGCCUUCUUCAGUUCCCUCAUCGGCUCUGCUGAACAGUUGCCUGAUCUACGCGAACUCACGAUCGUUGGCAUGGUGAACAUUGACUGGCGACAGCGCGCGGAGUACAGGAGCAAGUGGACUGCUCGGUUCCAGAAGGUGUUCGCGAAGAAGAUGACAUCUCCUAACCCUAAUCUUGUGUCUUUGCGAGCCUUUCGAGAGUGGAAAGCGGGAGGAAGCAUGUUGAAUGAGAAGAGUGACUUGAAAAAUGACUCCUCCGUUGGGACAGAGCUUAAUGGAGUGCGCGAAGCCCAGGAUGAGGAUAGUGAUGCUGUGCUCCCUUCUUCGCAGGAUAAAAAGACAAGCGAGAAGUGGGAUUCAAAGCGCCUCCGAUCCCGUCGUGGGACUACUCCUAACUACGAUGAGACGUCGGGCGAGGAGCUAGGCUCUGAAUUAGGCUCUGAAUUAGGCUCUGACCCUGCUUCUGACUCGGAUGAGGUUGGUUCCAUUCAGGGUAGAUGUGAUACAGUUAUCUUCCGUAUCGACAAUUUCCGCCCACGGGAUACAAUUUUCAACGAGGACGAUUUCUUGGACGACGAGCUUAGCGGUGACGAAGACUGGAACGGCCAGGACCCUGACGACGAUGAAGUGGGAAUUGACUUGCGAGUUGACGUGUGAGGCAAGUCUCACUACAUGUAUUAUUACGUGGGUAGGUCGGGUUUCUUUGCAUUGGGCUGGCUUUUAGAAGAUCAUUUCUUUCUCGGCUUUCGGGCAUUGCAAGUACAUCGGGCUAUCGGUACAGCAGCCGUUCUCGGAAAGGGUCAAUAGCAGGGGUUUUGGAAGCACGGCAGGACUACAUCUGUG